AUGUCCUCAGUCUGGAACCCCGACAAUGUGCGAGACGUGGCCGAAUCAGUAGGCAUUGCCUCACUCGCCGACAACGUCGUCGAAGAGCUAGCCCGUGACGUCGACUUUCGUCUGGCCCAGGUCCUGGAGGAAGCGCUCAAGUUUAUGCGACACGGGAAGCGGACAACACUGAGCACACAGGACAUAUCCAAUGCCCUCAAGGUGCUCAAUGUGGAGCCUCUCUAUGGCUACGAAUCUACCCGGCCGCUGCGCUUCGGCGAGGCUUCACUGGGACCUGGCCAGCCCUUGUACUAUGUCGAGGAUGAGGAGGUCGAUUUCGAAAAGCUCAUCAACGCUCCCCUGCCCAAGGUGCCACGGGAAAUCACCUUCACAGCCCACUGGCUUGCCGUAGAGGGAGUCCAGCCCUCUAUACCCCAGAAUCCCAAUACCAACACUGCCGACUUGUUACCCAAAGGCCCUAACGCAAACCCACAUCUGGCUGCUGCCAACGGGCUCGACAAUGUCAACGUCAAGCCUCUCGUCAAGCAUGUGCUCUCCAAGGAAUCCCAAGAGCUGUUCAACAAACUGUCGGGCGCUCUUGUCGAUGAGACAAAUAUUGAAUGGCAGAAUGCAGCCCUGGCUGCAAUCUCGACAGAGCCCGGUAUCCAUCAGCUGACAACAUAUCUUUUAAGCUUCAUAGCCGAGAAGGUUACACACAAUAUGAAGAACUUGUUCAUACUCAGCCAAAUGAUGCGCGCUUCCGAGGCCUUGUUAAACAACCAGGCCAUCUACCUCGACCCUUAUAUUGCCUACAUGGUCCCACCGAUCCUGACUUGCUGCAUUGGCGGAAAGCUAGGACCAGCAAACCAACCCGCGCCCUCCAAUGCCUCUUCCGAGACUCUGGGCGGGGCGGUACCCGACUACAGCCGCGCUGCUUCUGAUGCCUUUUACUUGCGAACACUUGCAGCACACCUUCUCCGGAAUAUUUGCAGAAAGUACUCGUCAUCAAACCAGGGACUGAAAUCCCGGAUCGCCCGCACGUGUCUAAAGCAAUUCAUGGACCCUGACAAAACAGUGGGUGCGCAUUUUGGCGCUCUACAAGCUCUUCUUCUCGUCCUUGGUCCUUCUGAUGCACUCCGAGGAUUGAUUCUACCCAACAUAAAAAUGUACAGCGAGGAUUUCCUUGCCAAGAAGCUGGCCGAUGAGAGCACGCGCCAUGAUGCGGAGAUACUGCUUGAAGUACUCGUCGGUUCCUUCCCUGCUCUCGUUCCAAAGGCCGUCAGAGAACGAGCCGAAAAGGCAAAGAGAGAGGGAACAUACACAGCGUCCAAUCUCGAAGAUGUGCGAGAAAAGCUGGUAGACAAAGUCGGUGAUCUGGUAGCCGGGCGUCUCAUUAGCAAGAAGAUGGACCUGGAAGCACAGGAGCUACUGAGCAAAGAUUUUGACAUUUGA